AGCUGGAGUUUCCUUCUACUAUCCAGCAGAACCUAAAAACGAUGAGCCAAACCAGUGGUGGAGAGGCUGGACUUCCUUCAGCUGCUUUAGAUUCUGAACAAAGCAGCUACCUGGACCACCAAAACCACUUACACAGAAAGAUAAAGUGCACAAACAAAUAUGAGGACAACUACUAGAAAAUAGAUGACUCUCAACUUGCACAGAUUCAGUCCCUGUGCCACCAUUGAAAAGAUGACUUUGAAAUGGAAGUUUUUAUAGGUAGAGUUGCCAAGAAAGACUAAUAAAAGGAAAAGCAAGAACAAUAGACAACAUUCCUUAGUCUAGCCUGAUACUCCAGUGAAUAUGAUUGCCACAUUAAAACAACAGUAUUUGACUGAAUGAAUGUAUUUGAUGAGUUUAGUACAUUCUUUCUUGUGCUCAUGAACAGGAUGAAUGCUAAAAAGUGGAUGGUGGCUUCUUAACCCAUCUGACCAGUUGUUGCUGUUGUUGCUCUCUGACACUUGUCCCUAUUUUCUAGUUUAAGUGAUGCUUUGUUGACAUUUCUCAUGUCUUUGUUGACAUUUUUGGCUGUGAUGUUUUUUUUACUGUGCCUCUGUCUCUGACUUUGUCUCUCCAUUAACAGUUUGCUACGUUUGCAAAGUAAUAAAUCCCAAAACAGUCCAUAAUGCCAGGUCCAAUUUGACUUUGUUUAUAGUCUGCAAGUUAACCCCACUCUUCCCCACUAUUCAUACAUCUCAUUGUGCUUUCUAAAUUACAGUGUGCCGGCAUGCUGGAGCAACAUUUUUUUUUGUAUAAACAAAACCAUUGUUUUAUUUUUCCAUAAAAAAAUCUGACAACAAUUUUACUGUUCAGCCCCUAUUGCUCAUUCGCUGUCUCAUUUUUAUUCCAGGAAGUUCCCUCUGAAGCAGGGAGUGUCUGCAUAUAAAAUGGUCUGCAGUUCUCUGCUUCAUAGGUCAGAAGCUUGUUUAUUUUGUCUCUGUGGCUCCAAUCCCAACCAGUUUUUGACCUUAACAGCAAAACACAAAAAUUAACCAAAAUAUAAGCUCCCAUAACUGGCAUGCACCACUGUGCACAUUUUGACUGCAUUUAUUUUACGCUGUCAACUUUUAGAGAUUUUAUUCUAUGUUACUUUUUCACCCUUUUUUAGUAAAAAAAAAAACCCAAAAACAAUGCUUUAUUUUUUUGUACACACCUAAAUAUCAUCAGCACUGCUGAUACUGUGUUGUAUGAUGGUUUGCAAUUUUCAUGCCCUUCACUUAGGCAAAAACCCGGAUGGUGAUACUGUCACUGAGGGUGGCGGAGUUGGAGGGAAUGCAAGCGUAAUUGCAUACUAUCAUGCUCAGUUGUAGUACUCUAGCAAAGUAGAAAGAUUUUUAAACUUGGAAUGCAAUUACAAUUUUAGAAAAUAGAACAUAUUAUGCUCCAUUUACUAUUUUUAUCUAAAAUCUCCUAAACUAAAUCACUUCGAUAACAAGACUUCUACAUGAGCAGAGAGAAAAUAGUUAUUUUAUGCAGGCACUUCUUAUGGGUACUGCAGGUGGACAUGCUUCUCUAAUCAUUCACGACACUGUAGAGUUGGGCUUGAGAUUUAAGAACAACUCAGUACUCAGUUCAGUUAUCGCCCCAAACACAAGUCCAAGUCGUUCUUAAAAUUAAUGAUGUCAUCCAGUUGAUAGAAGCAUUCGCCAUGCACAUAGCACAAGAGCCAUGAAAAUGGGAAACAUUUCAAGGUGUUGAACAAAAGAUACAAACAAAAGUUUAAGACUCCACAAAUAUUAACAUCUGUAGGAUUUGAAUUUCACUAUUUGAGAUAUUGACUUUUCAAUUAUUUGCACUGUAGAUGGCAUGUCCUCCUCUAUGACCAUGGAUGGCCCCCGCAGUGCUUUUUCCACCUCUUCUAGCUCUACCAAGCAUUGCAGUUCUUCAACCCCUGACCAGGACCCAGUUCACAGUGGCAAUGCUGACACAGAGGACAGCAGGAGAUGCAGGACAAUAUCAGAGAUUCUUGGUGCCGAAGGCGGGAGUAGUAACAGCAACGGCGGUGGUCAUUGCUUGGCCACGAAUGAGGCUGGAGGAGAGAGAGGAGCGGCAACCCAGGAGGACCAGCCAUAUCUGCAUAUGAUGCCACCGAAGCGUCGCACUGAAUUGAACAUCUCUCCGCCUCCGCAAGAUCUACUUAGUGAUAGUCGCAUGUCCUGUCAAGCAGAAUCAACGUUGGACCCCGAGCACAGCAACAACAUCUGGAUGGAUGACUCUCUCUCCAACUUCAGUAUCAUGAGCACAACCUCUUACAAUGACAACACAGAAGUGCCACGAAAGUCACGUAAACGUACCCCACGACAAAGGCCGGGGCCCAAGUCUAUACCUGCCAGCGAAGCUAGCAUGGAUAUUUUUGAUGCUGACAGCGCCAAAGGCCCACACUUCGUUCUUUCCCAGCUAGGCACUGACAACAAGUCUGGACAAAAAGGAAGUUCACAAGAAGCUCUUCAGACACCUCGUCAGAAAGCUGGAGUUCUGUCAAUGCAGUACCCACCCAAAAGUGAAGGGAAGGAGCUGAAGAUCCUCAUUCAGCCCGAGUCUCAGCACCGGGCUCGCUAUCUGACCGAAGGCAGUAGAGGGUCUGUGAAGGACCGCACGCAGCAGGGCUUCCCUACCAUAAAGCUGGAGGGUGUGAAUGACCAUGUGGUUUUGCAAGUGUUUGUGGGAAAUGAUGCUGGACGUGUGAAACCUCAUGGAUUUUACCAAGCUUGCCGUGUGACUGGCCGCAACACCACAGCCUGCAAGGAGGUGGAUAUUGGGGGAACGACUGUCAUUGAAGUCCCCUUGGAUCCAAGUACCAACAUGACCUUAGCUGUGGAUUGUGUUGGAAUCUUGAAGCUCAGAAAUGCUGAUGUGGAGGCUCGCAUUGGGGUGGCUGGGUCUAAAAAGAAAAGUACACGUGCGAGGCUAGUGUUUCGGGUCAACAUCCCACGUCAAGAUGGCUCAGUGCUCACACUUCAAACACCAUCAUCUUCAAUCCUUUGCACCCAGCCAGCAGGCGUACCUGAGAUUCUGAAGAAGUCACUGCACAGCUGUUCAGUGAGGGGUGGAGAGGAGGUCUUCAUCAUUGGCAAAAACUUUCUCAAAGAUGCCAAAGUCAUAUUUCAAGAAAAUAUCUCUGAUGAAAAAUCCUGGAAGGAAGAGGCUGAAAUUGACAUGGAGUUGUUUCACCAGAAUCAUUUGAUAGUGAAGGUUCCACCAUACCAAAACCAAGCCAUCACAUCUGCGGUGUGCGUGGGUAUAUACGUGGUCACCAAUGCUGGAAGAUCCCAUGAUGUUCAGCCAUUUACGUACAACCCAGAUUCAGCAAAUACGGAAAUUUUUGUGAAGAAAGAGAUUCCCUCUCCAGUGAAGUGUUCCUUUGAUGACCAAGUUCUAAAUACUACCUUGAUGCCUCCGCUGUUGCCUCAAGUAAAGAAAGAAGAUGUGACUCCAAUGGAGGUCACCAACAACCUGCAAUCCUCUGGGGUGUUCAAGCGGCAGACUCUGGACCUGUGUCCAGUGCAGCAGAACCCAGAUAGGCCUCCCGGCCAUCAGAAUAAGAACAGAGAAUUUACCAACACAAUGAUCCAGCCUUCAGGCGAUUCUGACAAAAGCCAGGCCCCUGUUUUUUCCAAUACAGAGCCCUUAAAUGCAAUCCAGAAGCAGGAGCAGGCCACCAGCUCUUUCUCUGUGCCUGCAGACUCGAUACUCCUGCAAGGAUCCUCGCAGUUCCUCAUAGAGCCAAUAGUGGGUCUUGGGCCGGAGAGCCAAGUCAGCAGUUCAGGGUCUGUGGGGGGGCUAUGUGGUGAUCCAGCGCCUCAACAGCAGCAAAUGUCUAUGUUCCCUUCAGAUAGAGUGGCGCAGUUAGGGGAAGCGGUUAGGCAGCUUAAGCCUCAAGGAUUUUGUAAUUUGCCACUUCAGAAGAACAACUCAAUGACCAACCAACAACAACAACACAUUCAGCAUCAACAGAUACAAAACCAGCAAAUUCAACAGCAACGGCAGCAAAUUCAGCAUCAACAACAGCAUAUUCAGCAGCAGCAGCAGGCUCUGGAGACUCUACAACAGCAGAUAAUUCAGAUCCAGCAUAUGAGUGUGGAACAGCAGAGCUCCUCGCCAGGUGUUGUGCCAAACCAAGGAUCUCUUUUCCAGCAGACUCAGCAGCAGCAGCAGCAACAACAACAACAUGCAACUCUCUUUCAGCAGACCAAUGAACUACUUCCUAUUCAGACUAACUUCCUCCAGCAGACACCCUCACAGCCCUCACCUCCAGCGUUCCACAAUCCCAAUCCUUUGGCUAAAACCCAAGAUUCACAGGGGGGUCUGUUUCACAGCCAGAAACCCUCUCACACUCAAGAGCAGGUGCAGGCUGCACUUUUCCAAAACAACAUGACAGUGCUACAGUCCCCAGACCAGCAGGCCUCGCCCCCAAGUCUUUUCCUUCCCCAGUCAUCUCUUUCAUCUCAGCUUACAAAUAGUGGCAGCCAGCAGCAGCAGCAGCAACUGGCCUUCCUCAACGCUCUGCAGACGCCUGCACCCGAGCAACAAACAGUAUUUCAGGCUCCAAGCCAGCUCUCUCCCAUUCAGCAAGGUGUGCCAAUGGACCAACAGCAGCCUUCCCGGACGCAACCCCUCUCCCAAACAACUCAGCAGCAAUCUGUGUUUCAGAACAUCUCUCAGCAUCCGGCUGCAAACACACUAUCUGCAGGUCCGCAGCAACAACCCCAGGCUGGUCUACUAUUCUGCAACCCGCUGUCCACUACAGACCAGGCAUCCAGUAUCCUGUUCAGCAGUCAGGGGCAGAUUCCUCCAUUGACCAGCAGCAGUGUAGUUUCCCCAGAGCCCCAGAACCCUUCUCUGCUUUUCUCUCAAGCCGGCAUGGGAACAGGAAAUCAGCAAGACCGCUCUGAGCCCAUGGCCUUAAGUAACCCCAAUAAUACACACCAACAAGUGCUGUUUCAGGAUCAGCAACCAAUGCAGCUUGGACCAACAAUCAGCAAUAGGCAAGAGCAAUCUGUGGGACUUUUCAUGGCUCAGCCAAACAUGACUUCCCUGCAGGGCGGACUGGUUGUUCAGGAGCUCACACAGUCAGGAAUGUAUGGCUCGCAGAAUGGUGUGGCAAACCUCCAGACGACCACCUCUUCACCUGUCCAGCAGCCGGGGACGCUGUUUCAGUCUACAGUCAGUGGGACCAUCAACCAGCCCAGCCAGCCUACACAACCUGAACUCUUCCUUUUUGGAAUUCCAAACGAAUGUGGUCAUCUGAUGAAUGCAUCAGGAAACACGUUGUCGGAUCAGAUCAUAGCCAUCAGCCAGUCUGGCCAGAACCAAAGAGAGAGCGAGGCCCGGCUUCAGUCGCUCCUCAGCCAGUCGUUGUCACAGUCGGUGACAGGGCAGAGCAGCAUGAACGCCUCCCAGAACAUGGAGAAGAUUGAUGACCUGCUGGUCAGCUGCUUGCAAGAGCCGGGCAGCAGCUUAACUCGUUCAUACUAAUUAUAUAUUUCAUUAUUAUUAUAUUAUCAAAUGUAAAUGAAGAGUCAAAUUGUUUUUAUAUAUAAAGAUUUAUUGGAAGCUUUUUUUGUCUGAGCAAUGGAAUGGUCUUCUGACCAAUUAACAUUGGAUUUGGUUUUUGAAGAAACACUGACUUUAAAGCAUUAUUUGCCAAACAGAAACGUCUCCUUGUUAGCACCUUAAGGUGAACUAGAUCUGAGUGUUCUGAGUUGGAUUUUGUAAUGAAAGUAUUGCUUAAAAGGGGUGUCACGAGACACCCGGUUCACAUGACGAGAUGAUACCCAUGAUUGGGUCUACAAGACGAUACAACAUUUACUUGUAAGAAAAGUUUACUUUUAAGAAAAGUACAAUGAAAACAUUUUUAAAAAUCCAAUCUACUAAUAUUUCUACUCCGUUACACUCUUCUGCACUCUAUUUGUAUGCUCCUCCAUCGACAUAGACUGUAUGACUGACAAAGGGCAUACUCCGUUCUUGCUGUUGUUCGAUGGAACAAACACGCCAAAGGUGCUGAAACCAGAAUGAACUCUUUUCCUGCCUGUUUGGGGGCGGAUUAGGAAAACACACACAUGCGCAUGGCAAUGUACAGUAUGUUCAUUUUCAUUUAUCCUGUAAUGAAUUCACUUAUUUAUUAUCAUACCAGGCCUCGUGCCAAUCUUGUCAUGUUUCAAUAUCGUGAGAUCUUGUGACACCCCUAUUGCUUAAUGAACUAAUUGUGUUCUUGAAGGUGUGUAGAUGUGACCCUAAAAUCAUCCUAUACUCCUCUCUUUGUUUCCAGGAGUUAUGGGAGUGUAUGGCAGUAAAAGACUGGAGAAUGAUGAACAUGUUGGUAGUAUGGUUUGAAAAUAGCACAGAAAGUUUACCAAGAGAAGGAGAAGAGCAAAGAAUUAAAUGAUAUAGACCAAUGUUGACGAAUGGUGAGUUCAGAGCAUGACUUGAGACAAAAAUGCGUUUUUUAAAAUGUGUUAUUUUGGCACAGAUUUGUGAUAUACUGUAACAAACUAUAAUUUAACUUUCCCCACUUGGUUUUGUCUCAUUCAUUUGCUAGCCAAACUAUCCCAUAUCCCAAAAUGUUCAACUAACUGAGGAAUAUUUUAAACGAAUGUGUCAAAGUAGUAACAUUUUUAUGAGAUUGCAUAUACUACAAAUAAUAGAACGUCAAGUACUUUAAUAUCGUGUCAAACUGUAAUAGUGAUAGAAUCACUCAGCGUCAGGUACGCAUAACCUAGAAUUGUAGUAUUCCUAUGGUUCAGAAACUUGCCUAUUCCAGGAAGGAAUGUUUUCCGUGCUGUUUCUGCUCACAAGAUUUUGAGAAUGUAUGCUUUUAAGAAUUUUGACUGUGGGUGCAGCUUUUUGUAUUCCGAGAUAUCUUUGCAAUUUGCCUGGGAAUCGCACAAGCUUGUGCCUGAGAUGAGACCCACCUAACCAACGAUGGGUGGCCUGUUUUCUGGCCAGAUAUACUAAAGUAUAUAAAGCUGUCCUUGUGCCAGCCAAUUUAUUUUCAACACUGAGCUUUAGGACUCAAUCAUGGCUCCUUCACACCACAGGAAUAGAGCUGGAUCUAUGCAUGUUCAGGUGCUCACAUACAGUAUAGGCUCCCUUUCAUAUUUCCAAUUGGCCAGAGGUCUGUUCAUUAAUCCUUUCUUAAUGUACUGUAACUAGCCAAUGUUAACACUAAAAUGUCUAUAUUAACAGUCUACUUCAUUCAUUCUUGGAGAAUCGACUAGUGUUGGCUUGUUUUGUGUAAAUCCUGAUGAUGGGCCAGUUUUAUGGCUUUCUUUUUUUCUAUCUUGCCAUUUAAUACAUAUAAAAAAAUAUCUCCCAUCAAAUACCAAGGUCCUUCUCUCUUUUUAUUCCUGCUCCAAUGUUUUUUUUCAUAUUUGUGUGAACAAUUAAGGGGCUGGUCUCUGACAAAAUACUCAUGGCAGUACAGUAUCUCAAAUUUCUUGUUUUUGUGUGCACUGUUUGUAAGAAAUGCAGCCUAGCGUGGUUACAAGUACUCACUUUGUGUGAUGUAUAUGUGUAACUUUGACUACUGUGACUCAUGGUGUGUUAUAUUCAUUUGGGCAGAGUUGAGUGUUCAGUGGAACACCUGACAGCUACAGUAUGUACAGUAUGUCAUUGGCUCUUGUGAAUGUGAAGAACUAAGGUUGCCAGUGUUGAAUAUUUAUGAUUGUGUUUGUUUUUGUUUCUCCAGAAAGUCUGAGUCUUCUGAAGCAUACAGUAUAUAAUUUAUUUGUGUCACUCUCAAUACUCUCUGUAGUUGUGUUUGUAUUUGUGACCGGUCCCUUUGGUGUGUAUUAGUGAUGCAAUAUGACAGAGAAAAGUGCCUUUUCUUCCAAAUAAUAACACAUAUUGUACAUUGCUGCAUCCAAGUAAAUUCUGGUGAUUUAAGUAGGUAAUUUAAUGUAAAACUUUUUCAAUCAAUUAUAACUGGACUUGCUGGCACUGUGAUGUCUUUUCAAAGAGGAACUUUCAGUAUUAUAACUUUUACACAGAUAGGGGUCAGUGUAGCAAGAGUACUCAAUGUGAUUGGUUUCUUUCAAUAGAACAAGGUGUUUAAUAGGAAUAGACAGAUUUGUCUUUGUUUUGUCUAACAGCGAACUUUCUCUGCUAGUAAAAAUGAGUUCUCAAUAACUAAGUUGCAAGCCAAGUGAUGUUUAAUGUGCUAAUAAUGUUCUACCGCAAAGAUCAGAUAAAUAUGGUCAUUGUGUUGUGCAAUUUUCAUCCUGAAUCUAACCUAUUUGUACUCAUGUAUACAGUGCAUUUAUGUCAAACCUCAUGGAUGCACAUAUUUUCUGAAACUGCUAUGCAGCUACAUAUACUGUAAAUGUAGAUUCGUUAGUUUUUGACGAUGUAUUUUUCUAUAUAGCCGCUUUUAAUAUUACAAGGUAACCAAAGUUUUUCAUUCCAUUAUUUAUGCUUGAUGUCUGAACUGGGAAAUUUCCAACACAUUUCUAUUCUCUUCUUGCGUGUAUGUUUUUAUGUGCAUGUUUGCAUUCUAUUUAGGCUCUGUGUUUACCAGACUAGUGGUGUUUGAUCUCUUUUGAUUGCUCUCAGGGCUUUAGGUAAUGGGACCAGGAAAAUAAAUCAGUGCACACUGGAUUCAAUCGCAUUUCAUUUUUAAUUCUUAGGGGGCAAAGCAGGAUAUGUUGUUUGGUAAUUAACAAUGUCUUUUUCUUCACAUAUCUUUGACAAAUUUAAAGUCUCCCAACACAAUGUAAGCACUCCCGCCCCCCCCAGUUCACCAACGUGUUUUAAGGAAAUAGAUUUUGUUUUCAAACUAUGUGAACAACUAUUAAAUGACGGCUUAAAAAUUGUUCAGCUUUUGUUGGGAUUAUUUUUACUGUAAAUUUAUCUAAUCUGUAUUAAACAUAUA